AUGCAUUUGUCAAUAAUAUGGUGGCUAGUAGCUUCUGUCUACUUUUCAUUAGCUCAGGCUAAAAGAAGUCUGGUGGCAACUUCGUUAGUUACAUGUAUGGAAAAUUCCCAGGCAUCAGCAAGUACAUUCGACGUUACAUUCAACCCAAGUGAUAGAUCAUUACAUUAUUUUUUAGAUAUGACUACUCAAAUCAGUGGUUACGUUAGCGUCGAUGCAGAUGUCUACGCUUACGGCUUCAAAAUUAUCUCAAAAAGUAUCGAUGUCUGUUCCUUAGAUUGGAAACAAUUUUGUCCCAUGUCUCCAGGUAAUAUCGAAAUCGAAUCUAUUGAAUACAUUUCUGAAGAGUAUGUGAAUGAAAUUCCAGGUAUUGCUUAUACCGUUCCUGAUAUCGAUGCCUAUGCUAGAUUAAAUAUUUAUAACAAUGAGAGCGCAAAAGUUGCAUGUCUACAAGUUUUCUUCUCAAAUGGUAAAACGGUAUCCCAGAUUGGUAUUAAAUGGGCUGCUGCUGUCAUUGCAGGUAUUGGCUUACUAUUAUCUGCCGUUUUAUCCACCUUCGGUAAUUCCACAGCAGCAUCUCACAUAUCAGCAAAUACUAUGUCCCUUUUCUUAUAUUUCCAAUCUGUUGCCAUUGUCGCUUUACAACAUGUUCACAGAGUUCCACCAAUCGCUGAAGCUUGGUCUGAAAAUUUUGCUUGGGCUCUAGGUUUAAUCAGAACAACUUUUAUGCAGAAGAUUUUCCGUUGGUACGUUCAAAAUACUGGUGGGACACCUAGCCUGUAUUUAACUUCUACUACAAUGUCGGUCUUAACUCAAAGAAGUCUUGACUAUUUGAAACAAAGCAGCAUUUUCAAGAGAAGCACAAAUGUCCUUUAUGGUAAUUCAAAUACUUUAAUUUUUAGAGGUAUUAAGAGAAUGGCCUACAAUUUAAACAUUGAAAAUACUUCUGUCGUUUGUACUGGUUUUACCUUCUUCAUUAUUUGUGGUUACGUAUUAGCAGGGUUAUUCAUUGUCACUAAAUCUGUCAUAGAUCUUUGUAUUAGAGCCGGUUGGAUGAACCAAUCCAAAUUCUCUGAUUUCAGGAAAAAUUGGAAAACUAUGUUAAAAGGUGCUCUACUAAGAUAUAUUUACAUUGGUUUUGCACAAAUUACAAUAUUUGGUUUCUGGGAAUUCACUGAAAGAGAUUCUGCCGCCGUUAUAGUCAUCACAUGUUUACUAUUAGUCCUAGUCAUUGGUUUAAUGUUGUGGGCUGCUUACAGAUCUCAUUUUUUCGCUCAAAAAUCUAUUGAAACUUACAAUAACCCAGCCGCCCUAUUAUACGGUGAUGAACGUAUCUUACACAAAUAUGGUUUUUUUUACACAAUGUUCAAUGCCAACCAUUACUGGUGGAAUGUUUUAUUACUGAGUUAUGUCGCAGUGAAAUCUCUCUUCAUUGGUUUUGCACAAGCUUCUGGUAUGACACAAGCUUUGGCUAUUUUCAUCCUAGACUUGUUCUAUUUGAUUGCCGUCAUCCGUUACAAGCCUUAUUUGGAUACUCCAACAAAUAUUUUGAAUAUUUGUAUCUCCUUAGUCACAACUAUCAAUUCGUUUUUGUUCCUAUUCUUUUCUGAUUUGUUUGGACAACCAAACACUGUUCCCGCGAUUAUGGGGUGGGUAUACUUUAUUCUAAAUGCUGCUUUCUCCUUCAUCUUGCUGAUGAUGAUCUUGGCCUUUGCCGCUUUGGUGAUGCUUUCCAAGAACCCGGAUCUAAGAUUCAAACCUGCUAAGGACGAUAGAAGAUCAUUUCAAAGACGUUCGAUUAAGGCUGGAGAAGAUUCUUCCAACCCGGUUGACGAUGAAUUAAUGGCUUUAGGUAACGUUGCUAGAGAUCAUGAAGAUAACUGGGAGGAUGAGUUAGAAAAGAGAAACAGAGAUAACGUCUUUUCUGAUGACUACGAUGAAAAAUUCGCUUCAUAUAAUGCAAGUGGUAGUGAUGUAGCAAGAAAACCAACUUUCACUGAAAAACUAUUACGUAAAUUAUCUCUAAAGAAAGGACCUAAAAAUAGUUCAACAGAUUUGUUAGGACAAACUGAUGAUGUGGUAGGUCGUAACAACUCACAAGGCACUUUAUCAUCUAGUUCUAACGUUCCAAGCAGGCAAUAUCCAGGCACAUCGCACAAUAAACAUCAGUCUGUAUCAGGAAAUGGAUUAAUUGACUCUUUUGAAGAUGAACAAACUGAUAACCCAUUUAGCUUUGAUGACGAACCUCGUUUGGUAGAUGAUGAUUUUGAAGAUGUCUCAGCUAGAAAUCAUGAGCAGAAUAUGCAACGUGAUAUAAGCCUUGACACCAUGAAUGUCGGAAAUAAUCAUGCAACAACCAAAACAGACAUUCUCGAUUCAAAUUAUUUUUAA